AUGUCGCCCUCCAAGCCCCUCGUUCUGUUCUUUAGCCCUGUUCGACAUGCCUUGUCCGCGUAUAAGGAGCUGCAGCAAGUGGCCCACACGGAGGUCGUCACAACCCAAAGCAGAGACGAAUUCUUCAAUGAUGUCGCAACCAAAUACCAAAAUUUCGUUGCUAUCUAUAGGACAUCUUCUAGUGGCUCGGUAGCAGGAAAGUUUGACGCGGAUUUCAUCAAUCGCCUACCCAGUAGUUGCAAAUUUAUCUGUCAUAAUGGCGCUGGAUACGACCCCAUCGACACCGCGGCCUGUGAGAGAAGAGGCAUUAUUGUCACCAACGCUCCCGAUCCUGUCACCGAUGCGACCGCCGAUCUGGCAAUUUUUCUCAUGCUUGGAGCUCUACGCCAGCUGAAUCCUGCUAUUUCUUCAUUGCGUGCCGGACUAUUUAAGAAAGGUGUCGACUUCGGUCACGACCCCCAGCAGAAGACGCUGGGAAUUCUGGGUAUGGGUCGAAUUGGUCGCGCAAUCAAAAGGCGCUGUGACCCAUUUGACCUCAAGACAAUCUACCACAAUCGCAGCCCACUUUCGCUCCAAGAAGCAGCAGGUGCUGACUAUGUUUCUUUCGAACAACUGCUCGCCGAAAGUGACAUUAUCAGUGUAAAUGUGCCCUUAACUGCGAAGACUAAGCACCUCAUUGGAGCAGCGGAAAUUGCCAAGAUGAAACCUGGGGUUGUCAUCAUCAACACUGCUCGAGGCGCUAUCAUUGAUGAGGCUGCCAUGGCUGACGGUUUGGAGAGCAACCAUAUCGCUGCUGUUGGGCUCGAUGUGUACGAGGAGGAACCUAAGAUCAACGAGAAGCUCCUGAAGCAGGAUCGGGCCCUCAUGGUCCCACACGUGGGAACCCAUACCAUUGAAACAUUGGCGAAGAUGGAGACUUGGGCGAUGGAGAAUGUGCGCCGCGCAAUCACUGGAGAGCCGCUACUUUCGCCCGUUCCAGAACACCAGCAUCUUCUCCAAUAG